CCGUCGGCAUCAUCCCGUUCCAGGCGGUGAAGGGGGUACACGUUGUCGAUCUGGCGACCGCUAGACUGACGUCUUGCUCACGUGCCGCCCCAUGUGGUUGACAUGCAUGUGAAAUGUCUCUCACCUUCGUCCAUCAAUCUUGUGAACACAGAUCUGUGCGACGAAUGACAUUCCAAUUCGGCCAAUUCGCAUCCUCAUUCGUCGCCACUAGAAAUCUCUCUCGUAACCCUUCGCACGUGCAAAGUUUCCAAUUCCCACUCACCACUCGCCUGCCAAACCAGGCAAUUACAAACCCUAAAAUCAUCCACAUCCAUUCAUCACAUCAUCAGCCCAGGGACCUUCCUCAUCCGGUCCCAAACAUCACCACCUGCAAUCCUUCCCACCGAACCCCAAGCCCAAAUAAUGGCCGCUACCGCCGCCGACAUCCCCCUCCAAAUCUCCUCGGACAACUCCUCCUCCGAGCGCCGCAUCUCGCCCGCAUGGUCCAUCUCGCAGUUCAAGGCUCGUCUGGAGCCCAUCACUGGCGUUCCCGCCAGCUGUCAGCGAUUGAGUCUCAAGCUUGCUUCGCAGCGCCCCUUGCCCAUCGAGGCGGCGGAUGAGGAUGCCACGCUCCUGGCACGCUGGCCUCUGCAGGCUUAUGCGGAAGUCGUGGUAACAGACACCCGCCCCCCCGGCCUCCGACCAAACUACACCGACGUCUCCGCAGUCCCCAAAUACGAACUCCCUCCAGACGCCUACGAAGCCCGCACCGACAGCGUACUCGCAUGGAAAAAAGCAAACCACCUAGGCCGCUUCGACCCCGCCGCGCCCAGCAUCGAAGAGCAAAAAGCCGCCGCCUCCUACCGCGAAGUGGCGGAGCGACAUAUCACACUCAACGCGCGCUGUCGUUUACUCCCGGACUCCGAUUCGCGACGCGGGACGGUGAGGUUUGUGGGUGAUGUGGAUGAGAUUCCUGGGGUGGGGGCGUGGAUUGGGGUGGAGCUUGAUGAGCCUACGGGGAAGAACGAUGGGAGUGUCAAGGGGACGAGGUAUUUUGAGUGUAGGGGGAAUUGCGGGGUGUUUGUCCGGCCGGAGAGGGUGGAGGUGGGGGAGUUUGAGGUCUUGGAUGAGUUGGGCGAGGAUGAGGAGUUUUGAAGAAGGGAGCACGCCGAUCGUGCACGAACAGUCAAGAAAGAAGAAAGGUCAAUUUCUCACGGGUAUCCCGCAAACGCCUUUUCGUUUUCCAAAAAUCAACCCUUCGUCAACGUACACAGGCCGACGACGCCGUUCAGCACACUCAUCCAAAUCAAGCGCUUACUACUGCGCCGCGCCAGCAAACGCCUCCAACUCGCAUCCCUGCGCAAAGAAGACCUUUGCAGUCGUCGUCUUCGACUCAUUCGUAAUGGCGUAAUUGUUGCCUGCCACAGAAAUCUCUCGUCAGCAACAAGGACAAUACAAAGUAACACCAAAAAACACAAAGAAAAGCACACAAGCC